UUAUGUCAGACGGAAGAGACUCUUCCACAUUAAAGGUUAUUCAUUGAAUGACUUGGCAAGGUCUCAGAACCUGGUACUGGCUGGUUUUUCUGCGUUGACUAUCACUGUCUCGUUCGGAUGCUCUCCUUGAACCGGACUCGUUAUGGAUCAACACCAGGACUACAUGAACAACGCUCCUAACGCCUACAGCUACAACGCCGGGGACCCCAUGAGUGCUUCCUUAGCCGGUAUGACCAUCAACGACCUGCAUUACCAGGAGAACGGGGUCCAGCUGGGGCACAGGAGCCCAGGGGAUGGUCCCAUGAAAGUCCGUAGCCUAGCUUUCCCCAGUUUACAGCCCUCACUAGUACAUUCGUUCUCCCCCUUCGCUCUCUCUCUAACCCCUCAGACAAGCAGGAAGCUACACCACUCUGUAUCAUGUUCUUCAACAGAGGUUAACGUCAUAUGCUCCAAUUGUAUGUCAAAUAUGGAGCCUGAGGAAACCAUGUCUGAGCACAUGGCGGCUGAACCGGGGUCUGAGUUCUAUGAACUAGAGAGCGCCCCCUGUGUCAUGGAGGUGCAUCUUAGUGCCUCUGGUGAGAAAGAUGUGCAGCCCGCGACUGGAGGAGCAGCCUCAGCAGCUCAAGCAAAGAUUGAAAACGAUAAUGCUGACAAGAAGACACCCAAAACUGCCACCAAAGCUAGACCCACCAUUGCCCUUAAAAGACCCUCCCCAGUCAACAGAACCAGAAAUGGGUCCACCUCAAUACCCACUAGAGCCAACAUUGUAGUGGCCAGACAGGCCUGUACUUCGAGUGCCAGACCUCAAGCUCCCGGAACAAAGAUUCCCGCCAAAUCCCCAGCUCCAGCAAAUGGCAAGAAUAAAGACAGUACCAGUGGACACAGCAGCCCUGGUACUCCCAAAUCUCCCUCCAGCAAGAAGCCUUUGGCUGUGGCCGCUACCAACCAGGUGAAGAAGGUUGCCGUGGUGCGCACCCCACCAAAGUCCCCUGGCUCUCUGAAGACCCGUGCCCCUGCGCCCCUCACCACUGCCGUCCCCCUGCCAGACCUGAAGAACGUCAAGUCCAAGAUCGGCUCCACUGACAAUAUCAAGCAUCAACCCGGAGGAGGAAGGGUACAAAUAAUUGAAAAGAAGAUCGACUUAAGCAAUGUGCAGUCUAAGUGCGGCUCCAAAGACAAUAUCAAACAUGUACCCGGAGGUGGGAAUGUCCAAAUCCUUGAGAAGAAGUUGGAUGUAAGCAACGUCCAGGCUCGUUGUGGAUCCAAAGCCAACCUUAAUCACACUCCUGGAGGAGGCAGGGUACAAAUACUUGAAAAGAAGGUGGACGUAAGCAAUGUCCAGUCUCGCUGUGGCUCCAAAGAUAAUAUCAAACAUACACCUGGAGGUGGCAAUGUUCAAAUAGUCCACAAAAAGAUUGACCUAAGCAAUGUUAAAGCAAAGUGUGGUUCUACAGCCAACAUCCACCACAAGCCUGGUGGUGGAAAUGUUGAGAUCAAAUCAGAGAAAUUGGAUUUCAAGGUCCAAUCGAAGAUCGGUUCUCUGGACAACAUUGGGCACGUUGCAGGAGGUGGACAGAGGAGGAUUGAGAGCCACAAGCUGACAUUUCGUGAGACAGCCAAGGCACGCACUGACCACGGCGCCGAGAUCAUCUCCCUGGAAGACGACCCCCUGUCCCACCAGCUGAGUACCGUGUCUUCCUCCGGCUCCAUCAACAUGGCUGACCCCCCGCAGCUCUCCACGCUUGCCGAUCAAGUGUCCGCAUCACUCGCCAGCCAAGGCUUGUGAUUGGCCGACGACUCAUGACGGUCGUCCGGAAGUCUCCCGAUGACCCUGUAAUUUGACCACCCAAGUUAGGGGAUUCAUGACGCCUGUCGUCUUCUGACUACUUUUCACAGGACAUUUUUAGAUAUACCCGUUACUUUUCCUCAUCUAUCACUGACGUUUCUUCUUGAUGCAUUAUCAUUAGAACGGAGGUCGUAAAAAAGAGAUUCAAAUAGAUUAUGUUUAAUUUCUCAGAUGAUCUGUUUGGGUUGCCGUUAUUUGUACCUUUUGAAAAAGUAUCUGGAAAAAAGGCAAAAAAAAAAAAAAAAAGAUUCCUGCAAGUGUUUCUGGACAUUAUUUGAACGUUUCUACUUUUAACACCCAUGUUUUAAUUUACUUUAACUUAAUAAGUAAUUUUACUGUCACAAAGACUGCAAUUCGAUGCCGUUAAAUUACAAAUUACAUUUUUGAUGUGUAAAAAGAUUUGUGAUGGGUACCAAAGGUUUUUUUGGAUGCAUGGGAAAUGAGAGGCUUGUGAGACAUAGGACUUAGGCCAGAACGUAAGAAAACACAUCUUCCAAUGACAGGGCAAUAUGAGGAUUGCGCCUAAAUACAUGCAUUAAUAAUAUUACAAGGCAAAGAAGUGGUGAGUAAAAGUCAGCUAAUGUAGCAAAAGCUAUCAUUCAGACAGUAAAAUGCUUUUAGACCUCACCAGCCUGCUGUCUUUGCUUUGGGUGCCUCUUGUUUAUAAACUAGCCUACAUGCCAAGGUAGUAUGUUUGAGAGGGUAACAAUUCCUGUAUGGACUAAUGAAGAAAAUACAGAUUAGCGUAGAAACCUUGGUUUUGGUUAAGCACACACUUUUCUAAUUGUAUUCUGUGGAUAUGACUUGUAUUUGAUAUGGAAACAUUUGUAUCGUGCCUGCUACUGUUUGUGUUAAUUUUUCAAUUUGAUUCAGUAAUAGCUCUAUUAUAUAUGCGAUUCAGCUUUUGUCUUAUUCGGUGUGGCAGUUUAUAUGUAAUAUAUGUAGGCUACUAGUGAGAAAUUCCACAAACAAAAUAGUUGUUAAUAUUUUUAAAAGAAGACAUAUUGGGGGAAGACUGUAUUACUAAAUGUAAGUAACAGCCUUGGCUACUCCAGGCAAAUUGUCCAAUCAAUUGUGGGUUCGGUGCCAUUUAAGAUUCAAAAUCUGUCACUAAUUUGGAUUAAAUCACAGUAACUAUGUAGUUUUUGUGUGGAGCUUUGUUAUCUGAAUACCUUUGUUUCAUUUUCAUGGCUGGGAAAAUUGAUAAAUGAACUGCGUCAUCGUCAGUUGAGCUUUCAAAAACCGGAAGUCAGUACAAACUAUUGAUUAAACAGUGAGUCAAAGGAAAGUCAAAGCGCUGAUGUCUAUCUAGAGUAACACUGAAAGUGUACAGUGUAAUUAAUGUCGAUCAUAGCUCAUCUAGACUCAGGAAUAUGACAUCAUUAUUCUAAGUAGUGCAACUGCUUACACACUGUGUAAUGAUGUAAUAUUGCUCACUCUUACGUUAUGUUGACAUUUCUUAACCCUAAGAUGUUUAACCAUCUGCCACAGUACCUUUUGGAUAUAUUUAGAUUGACCUACAACUUGCUUGUGCACGAGCAUGCUCGUCACACAUCCCUCAUCUUGUCUCACAUAUUAUGAAGCUGGGAUCCUUCCCCUGAAACGUGUACCAUGCUACUCAUACAAUGGAAAUGUAUGUCUCAGUAUGUUCAAAUGCAUAAGAAGCAGUUUAUCUUACUGUCCCCACGGUGGUUCACCAAUCACCUCUGUAUUAUUCACAUCACUGAUUGCUGUCUGAUCUCCGUGAAUACAUACGAUCCUGAAACGCCUUGCAUGUGUUUCAUGUAAGAGUAAACGGUCUGCCUCUCUUUCUACACAGUGCUUUCAUUGUAUAUCCUUUAAUAUCUGCCUUGUCUAUAUUACGAUACAUGUAGGUAUUAGUGUGAAGGAAUACAGGCCGAGAGGCAACCCUUACCAUUAUGUGGAGAUUAAGGUGCAUUCAUAACUUUAGGAGGUUUGCCAGUGUAAGUUGGACUUGUGUAAUGAAGUGAGGACUGACAUCCCGCCAGGGUAUUGGAGAAAAAGUGUGCUUGCAACACAAUAAUCUGCAUGCUAAACUGUUGGUUGCUAUUUAUCACUAAUGGACGACAUUCAUGUAAGUUUGUAAGAUGGGUAUGUGCAUGGUGUUUCAUGUGGAUUACUGGAACUGAUAUGUUGGAGAGCACUGUUAAGUUGUGGUACUGACAUAACCAGUCAGUACUCAAGGGAAGGAGAAAUGUUUCGGGUGGUCCUCUCCACUAACCUCUGUUCUGUGGUCUAUGGAAAGGGUUUGUGUAAGACAUUUCAACAUCACUCAUUUCUUUUUGCCGCUGUACAGUUGUGUGGAAAAUGUGAUCGUUGAUAUUGUUCCUGUGCAUUCUAUCUAUAACUGGUUUAUGAUGAAUCUUGUUGCUAUAAAUGUGAAUUUGAAAAUAAACUGUUAAACCACA